AUGGCAAGUCCAGCCGCCUGCUCAUUAAACACCUACAAAGACAUCUAUACAAACAUAAAUACUCGUAAAUUCUGUGCAAAAGAAGUGUAUCAAAUUACUUCGAAGAUCUCAAGUGCACCACAAAUACCUUCGCCAGCAACCAUGAAUCAAAAGGAAAUUAUUAUCAUCGGUGGAGGCAUCUCCGGCCUAGGAAUGGCCAUUCAACUGAAACGCCUUCUCGGCCAUACCAACUUCACCAUUUAUGAGAAAUCAGACAACCUAGGUGGAACCUGGUGGCACAAUAGGUAUCCUGCUUGCGCAUGCGAUAUCCCAAGCCACUUUUACUCUUAUAGCUUCGCCCUGAAGCACGACUGGUCGACUAUGUACCCCGGGCGAGAUGAGCUCCAUGGCUAUUUCUUCUCGGUCGCUGAGCGAUUCAAUAUCUUACCACACUGCCAUUUCAAUGCCAUGUGUACUGGCAUGGUGUGGGAUGAUGUCCGUUCUCUCUGGGUCGUUACGCUGCAGAAUACGGAGUCGGGGGAGAUCUUCCAGCGCGAGGCUGCGGUCGUCAUUAGUGCGAUUGGGACUUUGGAUCGCCCUGCUGUUCCCAAUAUUGAAGGUAGGGAUUUAUUCAGGGGUGAGAUGUUCCACAGCGCUGAGUGGAAGGAUGGAUUCGAUCCCAAGAACAAGCGAAUUACCGUCAUUGGUAAUGGUGCGUCGGCAACGCAGUUCGUUCCUGAGCUGGUCAAGUCAGUUGGAUCGAAUGGAAAAGUAACUCAACAUGUCAGAAGUUCUCACUGGUGGACAAAGCGAGGGAAUCCUGGGUACUCCAAAGCUUUCCAAUCCAUGCUGAAGUAUGCACCACUUGCAGCACGGAUCUACCGAGUCAUUCUGGCCUGCCAGCUGGAGAGUACCUUUUAUUCAUUCUACAUGGAUUCCAACGGCGCAAAGAUGCGCCAGAGAAUCCGAGAGGCAACGUAUUCAUAUAUCAAAGAAGCACCAGCCAAGUACCACGACAUCCUCACGCCAAACUACGAACCAGGCUGCAAGCGCCGAGUCAACACAUCCACCUACUUGCAAUGUCUGCAUUCACCCCAAAUGCAACUAACCACCGACGCAAUCCUCGCAAUCGGUCCCGACUACGUCGAAACCAAAGCCGGAAAGCGACACCCAAGCGAUGCCAUCAUCUUCGCCACCGGCUUCCAGACUCAGAAAUGGCUAUUUCCAAUGGAAAUCAAAGGUCGUGACGGCAUCGAUCUCCACGAUCAAUGGGAUGCGGCAGGAGGCGCCGAAGCAUACAAGGGUACUGUUGUGACGAAUUUCCCGAAUUUCUUCAUUCUGUACGGUCCCAAUGCAGGGACCGGUCAGCAUUCUGUCAUUUUCCAUUCCGAGUGUCAGAUCAAUUACUCGUGUCGCUUGUUGCGUCCUGUGCUUGGCGGCGCGGACUCGAUUAUGGUCAGGUCGGAAGCGCAGAAACGGGACCUUUCCUGGGUUCAAGGCAAGUUGCAGCAUCUGGUUUUUAAUAGUGGGUGUCAGAGUUGGUGGAUGGAUCCGGUCACGAAGAAGAAUACUUUCAUUUAUCCGGAUCCUAUGUACAAGUACUGGCUUCGUACGAUUUUUCCUCGCUGGUCGGACUUUGAGGUGCGUCGGGCUCGGUCGGGGGUGAAGUACUAUUUGGUUGGCUCUCUGGUGGUUAUUGGACUGGUGGGUUCAAUUUACAUUAUGGCGCAAGAUACGGCGAGAGUCGUCGAUGGGUCUUUGUCCUGGCUUUCUCUUUUUACUGGCUGGCGAUUUGACACCUUUUCUCGUGCCAAAUGA